AUAUGGAACCACACGACCCCUGUAGCCAUCAAGACGUUGAAGGAAGGAACCAUGGAGGUGGAGAAGUUCCUGGAGGAGGCUGCAAUCAUGAAGAAACUCAGGCACAACAGGCUGGUGAAGUUGUAUGCUGUGUGUUCUACGUACGAACCAAUUUACAUAGUGACCGAGUUCAUGGCUCAUGGCUCUCUACUGCAGUACUUGCGAGACGACAAGGGCCGGCGAUUGAAGUGGAAUGAUCUCGCCGACUUCGCUACUCAACAGGUUGCAGAUGGCAUGAAGUACAUCGAGGAGAACAAGUACAUCCACAGGGACCUGGCGGCCAGGAACAUCCUGGUCGGCAGUUGUGGCGCCGUCAAGAUCGGCGACUUCGGGUUGGCCAGGGUUAUUAACGACGACCUCUACGAAGCCAAACAGGGUUCGAAGUUCCCCAUAAAGUGGACCGCCCCAGAGGCGGCCAUGUACGGCAAGUUCACCAUCAAGUCGGACAUCUGGGCCUAUGGAGUGCUCAUGGUGGAGAUCUUCACCUACGGACAGAUUCCAUACCCUGGCAUGAGCAACUGUGAGGUGAUCGCCCAGUUGGACCGUGGCUACAGACACCCGAAGCCGCCCUCCUGCUCGCCUGAGAUGUACGAAAUAAUGAAGAUGUGCUGGAAGAAGGAGCCUGAAGAGAGGCCAACCUUUGAGUACCUCUACUCUGUUAUGGAUGACUUCUCCGUAGCCACACAAGCUACCUACAACCCCAUUGAUGAUUGA